GCUAGAACAUAUAGGCUAGGUUGGAUAUGCAAGUAUAUACCAAGUCCUCUAAAAGGAAAAAUAAGUAUAUUCUAGGUUCUAAACUAUUAUGAUAUGAGAUUUUCUCGAACUUUUGAGAAAGGGAAAUCUAUUGUCUCUCUCGGUCUUGGUCACCGCAUGAUUAAUCUCCGCGGAAAAUAGUACGAGGGCGGAGGGCAGCGAGAACGAGAGCCGAACAACGAAGCUCUUUUCUCUCUAUCUCUGUACAUCAGAAUCAGUCGAGAAAAGGGAAGAAAAUCACCGAGAUAGGCCUCAGGAGAAAAGCGUAAAAUCAGAGUAUUAAGAAGGAGAGCAGAUCUUACCUCCGAAAAAGAUCCCACCUUCUGCUGCCCGUAUAUUCGUAAAACCAAUACACAGCACAACCCAAUUGCCAUUGCUUCUCCGCUCCCCUCUUCUCUCUUUUCCCUCCUUUGUGUGCCCUCUUUUGUAAGUCCCCUCCUCUUUGCCUGGGAUAGUUGUAAGGGUUUAGUCCUUUUUGUUUUUGUUCCCUAAGAGUAGAAAUAGAGAGAGGGUGGAGAUGUUUGGAGCGGCCACAGAAAGGUCUUCUUCCUGUUGCUUCCAUCCUGGAGUGUUGGCUGUCAAUGUGGGUCUUGCUUCUCUCGACGGCAUUCUCGCCUUUCUCGCAUUCUAUCAGCUGAUAAAAAUUCACUCAAGGAAUGUACAACUUGGCUGGACCAGACAAAAGGUGUUUCAUGUACUGGUUGGCUCUUCUAAUCUAGGUUACUUUCUUUAUUUCGCAGCAAGUCCCAUAGCUUACCAUAACAAAUGGCUAUGCUGGUCAUACUCGUGUGGUUUUAUCCUCAUGGCCUUCUCCAAGAUUUUGUUUUUCGGAGCUUUUCUUCUGCUUUUAUCCUUCUGGGUGGACCUUUGUCAUCAGGCAGAUGAUGAGGAUUAUGAGGAGGAAGAUUUCAACUUCCAUGAACCUUUGUUGGAAAUGCCACCAGAGCACUCAGGUUCGACACAUGGAGAGUCUCAAAGAGCAUGUUUGCCAUUUCGCUCGAUCCGUGUUGGAAGUCGACAAAGAGUUGUGAUUUUGGUCAUCAUUCUUGCAUUUGUUUCAACAAUAACAUGUGCGGCACUAUUCUGGAUUGACAUGAGCAAUGGCUUUAGUCAUUCAUCAUUAUUGGCCAUGAUCUAUGAAGAUAUAUCUGAUGUGGUAAUGCUAUUGCUAGGUGGAGCAUUGGCUUGUUAUGGCCUUGUAUUGUACUUGAAAAUGAGGCGAGUGAGAUCAGAGAGAGCUGCCUCAGACAUAUGGAAGGUAGCAGGCUUGGCAGUUGUAGCUGUUAUAUGCUUCACGACCAGUGCUCUUGUUGCUUUUUUGGCUAAUAUUCCAGUUCGUUACAACUGGCAGCAACUGGACGGAAAUGAUCUUCUUACUUCUGUUUUAUUGAUUUUAUACUAUUUCAUAGGUUCUUCUGUACCUUCAGCAUUUCUGCUGUGGAUAAUGAGAGAACUACCACCACCUUUAAUGUCUAGUGUACCUGAAGAAUCAACGACAAUUACCUUUGUUAGUGACAGUACCGGAGUGAUGCACAAUCCUCAGCGCUGGACUACCUCAGCAAGCUUACAGAACCAGGUUUGGAUUCUGUGAAUUUGCUUAAUUAACAUGCCUACGAGUUGUUUAUCCAUGUGAUAGCUGUGGCCUUUAGAGUUGGAUAUAUUUAUUACUACUGUUGUCUGUGUUCAAGGGUGAAGCUUGCUUUUGUUAGACAAAAUGUGUGUAGUUUGCUUGAGCUGUCAAUUUUUUCCUUCUUCCCAACCCUGUGCUGGUGAAAGUAAAGCCCAUGGAUGAUGCAUGAUACAGAAAUGUUGAUUGAUUUGCCAGCGGGGCGAAAAGCAAGCAAUACUUUCUCCUGAAGCAAGACAGAGGUUGUCUGGAUCAAAAAGUUCGUCCUCCUCAUCAGACCGCAACAAAUUCUUGGACUAAAUCGAAUUCCCAUCCAGUCUGGUCCCUCUCCCGUUCUAUCUCUGUACAUUUGAGAAGUUAAAAGAGUCUUCCUGGGGAGAGAGAACUGAAAAGAGAAGCUUCGACAUUUCGCUGAAUCAAGCGACACUUUAUCACUGCUGGAAAAGAUGGAUAAAUCAACUUAUGCCUAUGCCUGUACUGCUUGGUGUUUGGUUUGCCUUCCAAGGAGAUUUGUAUUUAGUUCCUUUGUCUUAAUCCGUGUUCUUCUGCACACCUGAUACAAAUAGGAAGGAUGUGGUUACUUGAGACGAGAAAAUAUUAAACCAGGGCAGACGGAUGGGAUAACUGUUGGUUUUCGAGUGCAGGUAUCGAGAGCCAGUCCAAUAUAGUCGGAGGGAGGAAGGACUAACCUGAACCAUCUUGCUGACUGGAUCUGGAGAAUUGUUGCAAGAAAGUUCGAAUGGUGAAGUUCCAUUGAUGAUCACAACCAAAGAAUGGGAACGAAAGCAGAUGAGGGGAAGACAAACCACAAGGUUUUGUCUGCCAACCAUUGCUUCUGACUUCUGUAUGUAAAUAACAGAAGCUUUUUGAACAUUUAUUUCUUUUGCCUCUUUAUUGUUUCUCCCUCCCUCCCUCCCUCCCUCCCUCCCUCCCUCCUAGUCUGAUUUUCCUGGAUGGUCCAGCCUAGCUUAACCUGACAUUCAGCUGCUAGCAUUGUUUUAUAAUGCUCGCAGGAUGCUUGUUUAUGAUUCUUUUUGAAGCAAAAAACUCAUAAGAUGUCACCAAAAUUGGUGCGACUUCUUUGCUUCUGUUAAGUAUGAUAAGAAAAUUUUGUUCUUAAAGAGUUGAGUUUAGCGGUAUAUUUCUGGCUCUCCAGAGUACUUGUGCUGUGGAUACUUUAUCCAAUGCAGUUCAGAUGCUGUUUCUUUUCAUUUUACUGUAAUUUGGAAGUCGGGUA